AUGCCUCCAAACUCAUUCUUUUUCUAUUCAAUCUCUCACACACCCUCUCUUUUUCUCUCCAAAAUCACUUCCUCCACCAUGCAAGCUCUUGCCAAUUCCUUCCAAAAUCCCCUUCUCUUCUUCACUUUCCUCUUCUUCACCUCUUUCUUUCUCCUCAUACCCUUCCUCCAAUGGUGGCACCACCACAACCACAAAAAAUUACCCCCCGGUUCCAUGGGUUGGCCCUACCUUGGAGAAACCCUCAAACUCUACACUCAAAACCCAAAUUCCUUCUUCUCUAACCGCCAAAAUCGGUAUGGAGAUAUAUUCAAGACAAACAUAUUGGGGUGUCCAUGUGUGAUGAUAUCAAGCCCUGAGGCAGCAAGGAUUGUGCUGGUGACAGAAUCACAUCUGUUCAAGCCAACAUACCCUCCAAGCAAAGAGAAGUUGAUAGGACCAGAGGCUGUGUUCUUCCAGCAAGGUGCUUAUCACUCCAUGCUCAAGAGGCUUGUUCAGGCCUCCUUUCUGCCCUCCACCAUCAAACACUCAGUCUCUCAGGUGGAGCAAAUUGUCAUCAAAAUGGUGCCAACUUGGACCAACAAAACCAUCAACACCUUGCAGGAGAUGAAAAAGUAUGCUUUUGAAGUAGCAGCAAUCUCAGCCUUUGGUGAAAUAAAGGAGUUGGAAAUGGAAGAAAUCAGAGACUUGUAUCGAUGCUUGGAGAAGGGCUACAAUUCUUAUCCAUUACAUCUUCCUGGAACUUCCUAUUGGAAAGCAAUGAAGGCAAGGAAGCAUUUGAACGAGAGCAUAAGGAGGAUAAUAGAGAGAAGAAAAGUGGUGAGUCCAAAGCAUGGAGGGGGGCUAUUGGGGAUUCUAUUGCAAGCAAGAACAUCAUCAAAGACAUCAUCAAAAACAUCAUCAACAUGUGGUUGUGGUGAGAAGAAGAAGAAGAUGAACAUGGAACUAAGCGAUUCUCAAAUAGCAGAUAAUCUGAUUGGUGUGAUAUUUGCUGCACAUGACACCACAGCCAGUGCCCUAACAUGGGUCCUCAAGUACCUCCAUGACCACUCCAAUCUAUUGGAAGCUGUGACGAAGGAACAAGAAGGAAUAAAAAGCAAACUAGCUAUGGAAAAUCGUGGACUUUCGUGGGAAGAUACCAGACAAAUGCCAUUCACUAGUCGGGUGAUCCAAGAAACACUGAGAAGUGCAAGCAUUUUGUCAUUCACAUUCAGAGAAGCAGUGACAGAUGUUGAGUUGGAAGGUUACACCAUUCCAAAGGGUUGGAAGGUUCUUCCACUCUUCAGAAGCAUUCAUCAUUCUCCUCACUUCUUCCCUCACCCUGAGAAGUUCGACCCUUCAAGAUUCGAGGUGCCACCGAGACCAUACACAUACAUGCCUUUUGGAAAUGGUGUCCACUCUUGUCCAGGCAGUGAGCUGGCCAAGCUUGAGCUUCUUGUCCUCCUCCAUCAUCUCACUCUUUCUUACAGGUGGCAAGUUGUGGGAAAUGAGGAUGGAAUACAAUAUGGUCCUUUUCCUGUGCCCAAACAUGGAUUACCAGUGAAGAUAAUCCCAAGGAACAAGAUAUUUACGUGA